UUAUAAAACGCCAGGUUGACAAUUUCUGAUAGUAUCCCAUACAAAAAUGCUCUCAAAGGCAACGUUAUUACAAGUGAACCUAGUUAAACGAUUUGCUCAAAAAUACGCCUCAGCUAAUCCUUUACCUUCAGAGCCACUCACCCAUCAACAACCAAGACCAAUCAUUCCAGAAGCAUUGAACACACACGCUACCUCGCAGGAAGUGAUUACCACGAAGGAUUUCGAUCGGUUCUUUAAGUUGGAACAAUCAAUUGAUGGAUCUGGUUUGAUACAUAGAUCGCAGUCUUUUGAUUCUGUCCCCGGCCCGAUAUCCUUACGAUACCUUUCUAAAUUUUGGAAGAUUAUCCCCGCUGUGAACACUACUGCAAUAGGUACCAUUGUGCAGUAUUUGUUAACCGCUGGUAGCCAACUACCUUCCGGAAGGAGCGCAUGGGUUCUUUCAAAAUGGUUUGAUCAGUAUGGACCAAUAGUACGCCUUCACAGUCCUUUUGGUGGCGAUAUUGUGGUUGUGACUCGAGCAGAAUAUGCCGCGGAAGUAUUUAGACGUGAAGGGCGUUACCCGAUGCGCUCGUGCUUAGAUUGCUUGAACAAAUACCGCGAGUACAAAUGUGCAGAUCGCUAUUCAUGUGCACAAAACCACUCCUUCAUUCAGAGGAAUGGCCAUGAAUGGGACAGUCCUACUGUGGAAGAUUCCACAGGCACCGGCAAAAUUGAAACUUUGAAAGAUAUAUGCGAUGAGUUUGUUAUUCGAAUUUCGAAUAUUCGUAAUAGGCAAGAUGAGGUGCCCUCAUCUUUCGAUGAGGAAAUUAAAAAAUGGAGUCUUGAAUGUUUAUUGUCCGCCGUAGUAAACAAACGGUUGGGUUUUUUAAACGCUGCUGGUACAAGUCCUGCUCCGGAACCUCUACAGAUACUAAAAACUUUAAACAAAGCACAUAACGAUGUAAAACGUUGCGAGUCUGGUGUUCACCUUUGGAAAUUUUUUGACACACCUGCAUGGAACAGUUUGAUAGAACAUUUUGAUGCAUUAGGAUGUAUGCUACGUACACACAUUUAUAAGACCCAAGAGUCUCUUGAAAGGAAAAAGGAAAGAGAAAAUGAAGGUUUAUCCAUAUCCCAAGUUCUCUUUGUAAAAGAGGGCUUGCUGAUCGAAGAUGUUUUGACUGUGCUAUUUGACAUGAUGUUAAUAGGAGCGAACGGCAUUUCUCAUACAGUUGCCUUUUUAAUGUAUAACCUUGCUCGAAAUCCCAAAUCGCAGCGAAAAUUUUACGAGGAACUUAAAUCAAUAGACAUACAUGAUUUUUCAAAAAUGAAGUAUGCUAGGGCGUGUAUUCGAGAGAGCUUACGAUUGAAUCCACCGAUGCCAUUCUUAAAUCGCGUACUUUCCAAAGAUAUUUCAGUGCGUAACUAUCUGAUACCCAAAGGCACGCACAUACUGGCUGCUACUCAUAUGUGCAAUCUGCGAGAGGAAUAUUUCGAAAAUGCCAAUGAAUUUAGACCAGAACGUUGGAUCGAGGAUGAUCUAUUGGAUACCGACAACGUGGUACUUCCGUUUGACAAUGGGAUCAUGCCUUGUUUACCAUACCGCUCAGUAGAAACGCAAGUUAUCGUCCUGUUUUUAAAGUUGCUGAAUCAAUUCCAAAUUGAGUACCACUACGGAGAGAUUCGAAACAAAUAUCGUGUUACAGCAGAGCCUAAAAAUUCGCUAAAAUUUAGAUUUGUUGAUAGAAAUUAGCUAUAGUGAAUCCACAUUUUGAUAGUAGUGUGUAUGUUACCAAUGUCAUUUAUAAAAUUCACACAGGCGAAAUAGUAGUUUCCCUGAUUGGGCACUAUUCUCCAAUUCUCUGAGGAUAAGUUAUUUCAUCUUUAACCAAUUUUUUGGAUUGUAUUACAAUUACAAGGG